CUGCAAAACUUUAUCAAAUAGACUAGAUCCUAUUAUCUGAUCAUUGCGAACUCGAGCGCUUACAGAGUAAACCAACCUCAGAGAAGUGCAUAAUUUGAUUGACAUGAGACGUGGUGUAAGAAAGAAAAAGCGGACAAAAUAUUAGGUCGAUGAGAAUCAGUGCAACAAGAACAUGUUCUGUUCAGCGUGUGGAAGGACUGUUUGCUAUAAGCACCUGACUGCCUGAACACAGGCAAGAAUGCAAGAGGGAUAUCGAUACCGGCCCUGGGGUAGAAUUAUAUUAGAAACCUAACAAAAUGGCUGACAAAAACGUUGAAAGUGCUACUCCGCAAGAAAAACGAUCUCAAUUUGGGACGAGAUACCUCAAUUCUGACAGUGAUGUUUUUCAACAUAAUGCAUGGGAUGAUGUGGAAUGGAGUGAAAAUCAAGAAGAAGAAGCCAGAGGUGUUGUAGAAAAACAAAUUCUUGGAAAACUUUCAGAUAAAGAAGGAGAGGAAAUUGUAAAAGAUGCAUCAUCAAAAUGGAAUAAAUUUUAUGAGAAACAUGAUAACAGAUUCUUUAAAGACAGACAUUGGCUUUUCACAGAAUUUCCAGAACUUUUAAAACGAGAUGCAAUUCCUUCUGAUACUCAGAAAUGUGUCGAAAAGUUCAAUAAACUGACCAUAACAACUUUUCCUGGUUGUAAAUCUUCUAGACGGUUUCUAGAAAUUGGCUGUGGGGCUGGUAACACUGUUUUUCCAGUAUUACGAACCAAUAAUGAUUCAGACCUAUUUAUGUAUGCAUGCGACUACUCCUCUACUGCGGUAGAAAUUGUAAAAUCUAAUCCUUUGUAUGAUGAAAAUAGAUGCUAUGCCUUUGUUCAUGACAUAUCUAGCGAUAAUUCAUAUCCAAUGCCAGAAGAAUCUUUAGACGCCAUUAUAAUGAUUUUUGUUUUAUCCGCCCUACCUUGGGACAAAAUGGGUGCUGCAGUUAAAAAAUUAUCUGCUCUUUUAAAACCUGGUGGUGUGAUACUUUUUCGUGAUUAUGGGAGGUAUGACAUGGCACAACUGCGGUUUAAAUCGAAUCGAUGUCUUGGUGACAAUUUUUAUUCUCGUGGAGACGGAACUUUGGUUUAUUUUUUUACCAAAAAUGAAGUACGGACUUUGUUCACUGAUGCUGGUUUAAUAGAAGAACAAAAUCUCGUUGACAGAAGGUUGCAAGUCAAUAGAGCAAGACAAAUAAAAAUGUACAGAGUUUGGAAUCAAGCUAAAUUUAGGAAACCAUCAUGAAACUGAUUGGCUAACUAUUCUUAUUUUUCAUGAAAUUUAUGCAAAUUUAUCAUGUAAGAGAUAAACAUGAGGAAUGAUGAGGCAAAUAAGUUUUUCCAAAAUAAUAACCAGAUCAAGUUAUUGAAUGAACUGAUAACACUUUAUUGCAUCAAAAUUCUUUUGGCAACCUACUCUCAGAAUAUAUGCAAUUGAGAUAUCAGAACCUAUUAUUUUGUGAUGUUUAAUAUAAAUAGAAGAUUUUACAGGAAGGAAUCUUAGUUUCCUCUAUUAAUAGUUUGUUGCGUUACUAAAAAUAUUUUGAUUAAUGAUAUUGCAAUUCCGAUUACAUGCUUCAUACUAAUUCAGUCAGGUGAUGAUUCACGAUAGGUAACAACACUUCCUUCUUCAUUUAUUUUGCUAAGAUUUUCAAAAUGCUUCCAUCGAAAACCCGUACAUUCUUGUUCAACUUGAAGACAUUUAAAUUUUUAGA